AUGUCAACUGGAAAAGCAGGGCGGGAGUUCGGCUGCACCGAAUGUCUGAACCCUUACUCGCUCACAAUACCUAUAGUGCACCACAUCGGCCAGAGAGUGGAUGGCGGACUGGACUACACGUUCGAGUGCGUCGGCAACGUUCAGGCAAUGCGGGACGCGUUGGAAUGUGCUCACGACGGCUGGGGCGAGUGCGUGGUGCUCGGCGCUUCCGCACACGAUGUGCGUGCGCCGCCUGUGACGCUCGACCAAGGACGCUGCUGGCGUGGCUGCACAUUUGGAGGCUGGAAGAGCGUGGACCAGGUUCCGCAGCUGGUCGAGCUCUACCAGAAGAGAGUCAUCAAGCUCGACCCACUCAUCACGCAUCGGGUGCCCCUGGCAAAGGUCAACGACACCUUCAAAAUUCGCAGAAGCGGCCGCUCAAUCCGCACAGUGAUCAGCCUCUGAGGUGCCCCCAAUGAUCAGCCUCUUACGCUGAUAAAUGGCAACGGUAUCGAAAAAUAAACGUG